ACGCUGCACGACGAGCACGGCUACGGCGACGUCUCCGAGCGACCGUCCAUGGAGUCCCGCACACAAUCCACGACCAAGACUGAGGCGCACCCCGACGACCUCGCUGCCACGAAGGCCGACCACCCUGCCAUGCCAGACACCGCCCGCGAGAAGGUCCCCGUGACGCAGCACGACGAGCACGGCUACGGCGACGUCUCCGAACCACCAUCCAUGGAGUCCCAUGUACAAUCCACGACCAACAGUGAGGCGUACCCCAAUGAUCCCGCUGCGACGACGGCCGUCCACUUCGCCAUGCCAGACACUGCCCACGAGAAGGCCCCCGCGACGCAGCACGACGAGCACGGCUAUGGUGACGUCUCCCAGCGAUCGUCCAUGGAGUCCCGCAUAUCUGUAGACGAGCCCAUCACGGACUACCUGCCUGAGGCCGACCACCCAACCGUCGCAUUGCUUAUCCCGUUCCCUACGCUUCUCCGGCCACCGUCGAAGAAGGACGCAAAGGUGCCUCCAUUCUUAAUGUAUGCGCCGCUGGCUGCACCACUUCCACCGCCGAAGGAGGGCGAGAAGCAGAGCUGGAAGGACAAGGCAGUCCGGAAGUGGCAGAAGGAGGAGACUGAAGCCAGGGAGAAGAAGACAGGCUUCAAAGCAAAGGCCGUAGGGCUCAUAUCGAAAGGCAUGUCAGCGACGAAGAACUCGCGCAUCGAAUUUCUUAUACGGACACCCAACAAGAAGAAACUGAAGGAGCUGCGUUUCCUAUACCCGAAGUCUUGGCCCGCAGAGAACGUGCGGCAGGAAUUCACCGAGCUCGUCAAGGCUGCAAAGAAGGGUGCGAUCAUGAACGGCGUCAUCUCUACCUGCCUCGCGCCGUUCGCCCUCGCUUUCGACACGCUCACCUUCAUACCCGGGCCCUUCGAGAUCACAGCCGUGUGGUCCGCCUCGUCCUGGACCGGCGCCGCGCGCGCAACCGGGAUCGCCAACCGCGUAACCUCCUCCUCCCUCCCGAUCAACUUCGCACCCGUCCCCGAGCUCGACGUGCUCCGCACGCGGAUGCACGAGAUGUGCUGGGCCGUCGCGCCACGCGGGGCGAUCCCGCCGCCCGGCCAGGGCACCGGCGGUGCGCCGCUCGUCGCGGGCGAGCAUGUCGCGGGCAUCAAGCGCGGGCCGGAGCUCGCGGGGGCCGCGCUGGAGGUGUUCCGCGCGCAUGGCGAGGACAUGAGUGACUUGCAGACGGACCGGACGAUCGUGGCGGAGGAUCUGGAGAGAUGUAUGAAGAAGGCGGUGAAAGAGUGGGUGAAGGCCAUUCACUGAAUUUCGAGGUCUUGCUCUGUACUAUAUGCUAUGGGCGACAUGACGAACAUGGCACUGUUGGAGGCCAGAAGCUGCAAUCUCGCAUAAUUAGUGAAAUCAUCCUUUUGCUGUCAUUCUAUUAGUAGUGUUAUACGUUAGCUGUACCGUGUUCCGCGGGGGGCAUGUAAUGAAGUCAAAGUCGCUGUGGGUCACGAUGAGCACAA